ACUGCCAAUAACAGCCUGAACAUUGGCUGGAAGAGCGUGGCAGGGAAAGAGAAUUUUGAUGUUGCUGCCGUUGUCCUUAUCUCCUAUAAAUAUCUGGACUCUCUUAUGGAACCGAACCUUAUGGAAGGCUGCGAGAAUGAAAACAAGCUGGGGCUGAACUCAGAAGUUGUGACUGCCACAGUAACGAACACAGGCAGGAGCCACCUCCUGGGACCAGUCACUCUCACCUUCAGCAACAAGAAGCUCAAUGAUAAAAGAGCCAAGUGUGUCUUCUGGAACAGUUCAACCUUCAGCUGGUCCACUCAAGGCUGCCAAUUAGUCGAGUUCAACGCAACAUACACAGUGUGCAACUGUACGCACCUGACAAGCUUUGCGGUGCUCAUGGCCCUGGAUGUAAUAGAGGGGAAUGAUGCUCACAAUCUACAUCUGAUCACUCUGGUCGGCGUUAUUGUCUCUCUGGUUUGCCUUGCGCUGUCAGUCCUCACCUUCACCCUGUGUCGGGCCCUUAAAAGUAUCAGGACCACCAUCCACACUCACCUGUGCAUCAGCCUCUUUUUGGCAGAACUGCUGCUCAUCUUUGGAAUAGACAAGACCGAAUAUCGGACUCUUUGUGCCGUCAUCGCUGGAUUCCUGCAUUAUUUCUUCCUGGCCUGUUUUUCCUGGAUGCUCCUGGAAGGUGUGCAGCUUUACCUCAUGCUGGUGAAAGUCUUCAAUGCAAAGAGUAUGAGACCAACGUACAUGUGCUUGUUUGGCUACGGUUUCCCCCUGAUUACUGUUGGCAUCUCAGCAGCCGUGUAUUCCCAGGGAUAUGGAACAGAGAAGUAUUGUUGGUUGGAUCUAAAGUCGGGAUUCCUCUGGGCUUUCCUGGCUCCGGUCUGUGUGAUUAUUCUGGUCAAUGGAGGAUUUUUUAUUAUCACUGUGUUGAAACUGGCUGAAAAGUUUUCAAGUGUCAAUCCUGAUAUGGGCCAGUUGAAGGAAAUCAGGGUCUUUACCUUCACUGCUGUCGCUCAGCUCUGCCUCCUGGGAUGUACUUGGAUAUUUGGCAUGUUGCACUUCCAGAAGGAAACAAUUGUCAUGGCCUACAUCUUCACUGUGAUCAACAGCAUGCAAGGAAUGUUCAUCUUCAUCCUGCACUGCCUCCUUAACAAGCAGGUGAGGGAUGAGUAUGACAACUUCUUCCACCAUUUCUACCGAUUGAAGAAAGACUCAAAGUACUCUGAGUUUUCAACUUCUUCUACUCGGGUUAACACGGUUUUGUUUGUCAUGAUCAUAUGGAAAUUGAGGAAUAUCAAGACUGCCCUGAACGCCGAUGUCUCAACCAUCAAGGAUUCCAGGAUACGAACCUUCAAGACCAUGGUUCAAUUCGUUGUGUUGGGCUGCUCAUGGGUCAUUGGACUUUUCCAGCUGAACGAGGACACCAUAGUAUUGUCGUGCAUAUUCAUGGUUGUAAACGGCUCCCAGGGAGUGUUCAUCUUCCUGGUCCACUGCCUGCUGAACCAGCAGGUGAGGAGAGAAUACAGCAACUGGUUCAGCCGUAUGUGUCUGAGGAAGAAGGCAGAGGUGGCAGACAUCCCCUCCCCCAUCGCCAUGAGUGACGGUGAGUGCCGAUGA